GUAACAUUGGAAGCUGGAAGUUGGAACUGGUGCAGGCUGCAGGAGCCCUCAUCCCCGCAGCCUGUUGGCUCCCAAAGCGGCUGGGUCGAUCUGCGGCGCUGCGUGGUCUCGUCCUCGCUGUUGCUCGUCGUGCGUCUCCUCGUUUGUCGUCGUCAUCCCCCCCGCUCCGAGGCCCUCACCAGCCUCGGCAACGCUUACGGCCGGCUUGGCGACUUCGCUAAGCAGCUGUCGGUUCAGGAGAGGGCUCUGAAGAUCAAGGAAAAGUUCUACGGGGCAGACCACCACUCCGUCGCCCGCACGCUGGCGGGCUUGGGGUGCGCCUACGGCAGGCUGGGCGACGUGACGAAACAGAGGCAGCUGCUCGAGAGGGCGCUCGGCGUCCAGGAGGCGUUCUACGGCCCCGACCACGCGGAGGCCGGGUGGCCCCUGGGAGGAUCCCUCUGCCAUAGCAUUGGCUACGCGUAA